GUCGUACACCGUCCGCACGACUCGACGAACGAUCGCGGUAUAAGUGCAUAGUUGAAUUGCAGUGUUUUUGGGGCGAAUGGGACGGAACACGGAGCAUUUGCCUUAAGCACGACAUCGAGACGACGACGACCGAUUCGUCUCAUAAUAGUUAUUAUCAAAUAUUAAAAGCGUGACACUCGUGAUUUUUCGACCGUCCCGCGUUCAGGCUGUAUAACACAUUAUAGGCGCCGAUAAUAUAUCAUUAUUAUUAUUUGUUUCGCGGCGUCCGAGGAAACCGAGAUACCUUAUAACCACCGGACACAGGGCCGCAGACACGUUAUUUUUCCACACCAUAGCAGUGUAUAAUAAUAUAAUUUAACGAAUUCGGUGGAUGAUUAUUGCGCGCGCCGGCCGUACCCUAUAGACACGUUUGCACACGCUGCACGGAUGACCGAGGACAAGAAUCUCACUCCGUUUUCCAUAGCGGACAUACUUAAAAGCGACGACCAUGUGGCCCGCCAGGGAGACGACGACGUGGCCGUGGCGGCACCUGCUGCACAUCACGCCAAGAACUGCGCUGACGGAGCGCUGGACAUGACCAAUAACAACAAAUGCGCYAACAAAAAAGAUGAUUUUAAAUUCCACGAUGUCGAAUACCAGAGGAGAAUCGAACUUUUGGGUAACGGGGACUUUAUAUUCAAUCGGACGGGGGACCACCGGAGUGCACUAUCACGAUUCUUGCGGACUCACAGUGAGAGACCAUUGCACAUACAACAACGCAAAAAACGGUCUAGAGCAGCUUUCUCGCACACCCAGGUGUUUGAAUUGGAACGGCGGUUCAAUCAGCAGCGUUACCUAUCGGGCCCAGAACGUGCUGACCUGGCCCACUCGCUUAAGCUGACCGAGACUCAAGUGAAAAUAUGGUUCCAGAACAGGAGAUACAAGACCAAGCGCAAGCAGCUACAGGUGCCGUCCGGGAGUGGUGGAGGUAGUCCACCUGCCAAAAGAGUAGCCAUCAAAGUCCUAGUCCGUGAUGAUAAGUGUCCUAAAGAGUCUGCGCACCAGAUKUCGUCCGAGGCCUUUCAUCGUCAGUCAUCCAGACACGCGGCCCAAGGUGCAGUGGCCGUGGCGGCGGCUGCUGCAGCGGCGGCGGCAGCUUCUGGCGACUACCGAAUGCAGCAACUGUUGCAACAGCAACUGCACCAGCACCGAAACCACGUGCACCAACAACGCCUCCACCGUGGCAGUGCUGAACAGGCUUCGGUCAGUUACUUACACCACCAGUCCAAUUUUGGCAACGGGUUACAUCACUUUUCUCCGGGUGCCGUCGCCGCUUCCGGUGCUGCUCCAUACUACUGUUAUGAGUAUGGACCGGUAGUGGCGGCGUACCUGCAACAUGAACCCGGAAGUCGGGUGUCGUCCACGACCACGAUCGACGAGCUGCAGGACACGUCCGACGCCGGAAGCGAGUGUUCAAUAAAUGUCAUCGACGAAUGUCCCACUUCCACGACGGUCUCCGAAUGAUGCGCACCCGUAUGUAAAUCGACGACCGAUUCUCUGUGAUCAUCGCAUCACWGGCAUCCGGCACUUUUUAGAGGGUUGUUAUUGUUGUUAAAGAUCGGAGUAGAUGCAUUUUGGUUUUCCAGUCAUGCAGCGCCCUCGGAUACAAAAACACGRUCUUAACUACAACCCUGAAAAACAAUAAMCGUCUUUUGCGCGGCGUAGRAGAAGCGGAGAAGGCGUGACGCGUCACGCUAGUAGUUUUUCACAAAUCAAAUUUUGUUUUUUUUGCCYAGUAGUUAUCUUUGGUUGCGAUUUUUGAUGMUGGUUACAACGUAGUGCUACGAAAAAUGAAUCGGAUUUUUUUGAUUUGUUUUUAUCUGUGAUUUAUUUUCUUUGGAGUCUCGUGAAUAGCUCGUUCUCCACUUUCAACUCUCUUUGGUACAUAGUUUUUUUUUAUAAUAUAGUGUUAUACAAUAUUUUUUAUUCAUUUCUCAACUCUUCUUAUUCU